AUGAGGUACAUUCAGAGGGAAUUCGUGAUUCUCUUCUUAAUCCUGAAACAUCAAUAUGAUCUCUCUCUCUCUCUCUCUUUAUCUAUCAAUCGAUCUCCCCCAUCAGAAUUUAUAUCUAUCUGUCUAUAUGUCUCUGUCUGUCUAUCUGUCUCUCUGUCUCUAUCUGCCUUUCUUUGUCUGUCUCUUUGUCUGUAUCUCUGUCUCUCAUUCUAUAUAUCUAUCUAUAUCUGUCUGUAUGUCUGUCUCUCGCUAUCUAUCUGUCUAUCUCUUUAUCUGUCUCUUCUGUCUCUCUCUGUCCGUCUCUCUUUUUGUAUCUCUCUCUUUUUCUGUCUUUGUUUGUCUGUCUCUCUGUCUUUAAUUCUAUAUAUCUCUGACUGUCUCCCUAUCUGUCUGUCUCUCUAUCUGCCUUUCUCUCUGUCUCUCUAUCGAUUUUUCUAUCUAUCUAUCUAUCUAUCUAUCUAUCUAUCUAUCUAUCUAUCUAUCUAUCUGCAUUCAGUGAAUGAAUUUAUCUAUCUAUCUAUCUAUCUAUCUAUCUAUCUAUCUAUCUAUCUAUCUAUCUAUCUUUGUUCUCACAUUCUAGCAAUUUCCUUGCUUUUCUUCUCUUAA